UUCUGCAGCCUUUAGGGGAACCAACACCUCCGUGUCUCAAUUCUCGUCCUAGAGUCCCAUCCUCUCACCCUUCGCCUUCGCAUUUGCGUAAGGGGCUCGCCUGCAACUGAUUCAUUUGGCCGUGUUCCUGCGCUUGGGUUGAUCGGCUUCCCUGUCCUACCAGAUCGCAAUCGGAAAAGCGAAACGAACGAAACGAACGACGCAUGCGACUGUCACGCGAACCACCAGCCCCACGGGUAUUCGCCUCUAUAAUGCCCCCAGCGCCUACGCGCAUAUUCUGAAAGAAAAAUAAACAUUGCAGAGGAAAGUUACGAAAAAGGUUACGAAUACAAUGGCUACCGAGACGCAAGAUUUCACAGGGGCUGGGGGACAGGGUCCAACACCCGCCAAGUUCUCCCGCUACCGCUCCGUGCGAAGGGCAGCUUCAACCAACGCGACAGGAAUGGCUCCGUUGAACACUUCAAUACCACCGGUACCUACUCGCCAGAGCACAUCGGCGUCUGGGUCGCAAGACGUGUCGGAUUGGACAGGCGGUACAUCUACAACGAUCAAGAAAAGCAUGUCGCGUUAUCGUCGUCAAAAGCCUCCGACGCCUAGUUCGGCCGAUGGGCCUCCGCCUCCGCCGCUUCCUCUUCCUCCCCAGCAACACCCAGUUCCUCGAGUACAGCCUGCGGCUGCGGCCGUCGAUGACUAUUCUGCGCGGCGCCCUUUCAAGGACUCUCACUCGUCUAAUUCUGCGAAGCCGCGGGGAAGAUUCAUAGAUGCGAUGAGACUGGAUACACGUGGAAGGGGCUUGUUUGGGGGCAAUGGGAAUAAUUUAAGCGAUACGGACCCUGAGGAGCGUGAACGAGAUAGGCAGGCGGCCAUGGAUAGCUUGACGGGUGGUUGUAAUGAGUCUCCCACGCAACCUUCCAGUCGCCAGCGACGAGCCACCCGAGGAAGGGCGGCCACGGAUCGGGAGGCUCACCGAACGGCUGACAAGCGACAGGCCGUUGACGACGCCGCAAAUAGACCCCAUUCACACAACGAACCGAAACGGAAAUCAUUCAAAGAUACAAUGAAGUUCUCGCGAACUAAGGCGAAGACAACGAAAGCCCCGUCCGUCGACAGUGGGCCUGACACCAACGCGCCAGCUAUCUUCCCUGGCAUAGAUGCACCUGUUUCCGCCGUCAACGCUGGUGAGCGGACAGUCGUAGUACAAUACAAGAAGGAUUCGCUGAGGCUCAGCGUUAGCCCGUCAACUUCGGCCCACGAAAUAUUGGUGUCGGCGUCGAGAAGCAUAUCGGAAAUUGAUCCUCCUCGUUUCAUUCUCAUGGAGUCGUUCAAUGCGUCAGGCCUAGAACGUCCGCUACGCCAGUACGAAUACGUUCGAGAGGUCAUGAAUUCAUGGGCCCACGAUGCGGAGAACACCUUGAUCAUCGUCCCGGCGCCAAGUAUCGAGGCGCUUGACUUUCUCGACGCUCAGAAUGUGCCGACGAAGCCACCAAUGGACGCAACUUUCCACAUAUAUUACUCUCAGAAGCCACGGAAAUGGGACAAACGUUAUCUGACAAUCCGGUCUGAUGGACAAAUUGUUCUAUCGAAGAAGGAAAUGGCGAAGGAGCAAACGAACGUCUGCCACCUCUCUGAUUUCGAUAUUUAUUCGCCGACAUCGACUUUUUUGACUCAGAAAGUGAAGCCGCCAAAGAAAAUAUGCUACGCCAUCAAGAGUCAGCAAAAGUCGAGCAUGUUCCUCUCAACCGAAAAUUUCAUCCAUUACUUUGCGACGAACCACAGAUCAGUCGCUGAUGGCUGGUAUCGGGCCGUCCAAACAUGGCGCAGUUGGUACCUGGUCAACAAACUGGGAGCUGGUCAAAGCGAAAGCUCUCGAACCCGACAAAUAUCUUUACGGAGAAGGUCUUCUCGCGAACACAAGCCACCCCCAUCAUCUUUUCCCAAAUCACUUGCGACAGAACCUGAAGCAGCGGCAACGAACUCCGCAGAUGAAUCUCCUUUCGCGGCUUCCGGCCUGCUAGGGCGGACAUACACUCACCGCCAGAAGGCAAUGAAGGACAGAGAGGAACGUGAAAAGCGAGAAGCCGACGUACUAUUUAACCAAGGCCUCGUCAGUGCAUCCGGCCCUCCCCGUCAAUUCAGCGCAUCACGCCCAGGCAGCCGCACCAACAGCAUGACCUCUGCCCACCAACCCGAGCUAGACUCUCUAUUGAAGCGAUCCCAGUCAAUAAAACAAGGCAAACCACUCGUUGACCUCACUCCCGUCUACCAAGAACCCCCUCAACACUCCCGUAAAGGUCGGGGCGUCACGGUUGACACCGGCGGGCCCCUAAUUGAAGCCGCUACCGGCAUAGAAUCAACCGGCGGCAUCGCAAUCCCUCCAGCUAAAACCUGGCGUCGACCGACAGCACCACCACCGAUACCCGCAGAACCCCCCAUCCCAUCCAGCAACGAAGCGCGCAUCAACACCCGCUCCAACACAGUCCGCAGCGCCAGCAACCGCUACCGACACGGCCACAACACAACCACCGCCCCAUCGUCGCCUACAACACCGCCUGAUAUAGGUCUGAUGCAGGAGCAGGCUUUCGCCCCGAAUAGUCUCCUCGCUCGAACGGGGUCAGGAAAUUUACCGCCUGGCCCCGGCGCACCAAUCGGUCAUGGCGUGGCGACGGGAGAUCGGAACGCGACGAAGCCGAUGCUUGAUGUGAAGCCGCAGAGCCCAUUCGCGGAGGGAAGCUUGUUGCGUGGAUUGUGAACUCGCUUUCUCUAUAUGUUUCGGUUUUCUUUUAGCACUUGUUAUUGAUGAUCAUGACGUGAACCGGAGAGAUGGAUUGUACGAACCUGUUUUGUUUUUCUUUAUUUUCACCUUU